UCUGGGGAGACCAGAUAUAGUGAAUGCAGGGUCUGGGGAGACCGGAUAUAGUGAAUGCAGGGUCCGGGGAGACCGGAUAUAGUGAAUGCAGGGUCCGGGGGAGACCGGAUAUAGUGGAUGCAGGGUCCGGGGAGACCAGAUAUAGUGAAUACAGGGUCUGGGGAGACUAGAUAUAGUGAAUGCAGGGUCCGGGGAGAGCAGAUAUAGUGAAUGCAGGGUCCUGGGAGACCGGAUAUAGUGAAUGCAGGAUAUAGUGAAUGCAGGGUCGGGGAGACCAGAUAUAGUGA